AAGCGGAUUGCGUGGAGUGGAGGUCACGGCGCGGUGCCUCUGUUUCCUUCUGUCUACAGAUUAACUUCUAAAGACACAUGUUACCUGGGGAAGAAGCUCGGAGGGGGAGGAAGAGGAAAGAAAAGGAGCCAGGGAUGGCUUUUAUUCAGGGACGGUUGACAUUCGGGGAUGUGGCUAUAGAGUUUUCUCAGGAGGAGUGGGAAUGCCUGGACCCUGCUCAGAAGACUUUAUACAGGGACGUGAUGUUGGAGAACUAUAGAAGCCUGGUCUCCCUGGGAAUCUGUCUUCCUAACCUGACUGUUAUUUCCAUAUUGGAGCAUGGGAAAGAGCCCUGGACUGUGGAGAGAGAAGUGAAAAGACGAAGAAACCCAAAUGGCUGGGAGAGUGUCAGAGGUGGGGGUGCAGAUACCACUCCUAAAUGCAAAAUUAAAGAAUUACCACCAAAGGAAAACAGCAGUACUGGAGAAAUACUCCAUACAGUGAUGUUGGAAAGACAUGAAAGCAAUGAUAUUAAACAGUUUUCCCUCAGGAAAGUCCAGAAAAAUAUACAUGACUUUGAGUUUCAGUGGAAAGACAGUGAAGGAAAUUAUAAAAAUGUACUUGAGAUCCAUAAAGAAAAUCUCGCUGCUAGAAAAGACAAAGAUGGUAAAAGGGAUGCAGGAAACAAGCUUAUGAAGAAUUGGUUUGGAUUAAACUUCCAGGCACAUCUGCCUGAACUGAAAUUGUUUCAGUCUGAAGGGAAAAUUGAUUGUAAGGAAGUUGAAAAGUCUAUCAACAGUGGUUCCUCAAUUUGUCCACCUCAAAGAAAUCCUUCUAGCAUCAAAACCCACAUUCCUCAUGAAUAUAGGAAUGACUUAAUUUAUUCUUCAUUACUAACGCAAGAACCAAAAGCACACGUUAGGGAAAAACCUUACAAAUGUAAUGAGUGUGGCAAAGUCUUCAGUUAUACCUCUUCUCUAGCCCAUCAUCGGCGAAUUCACACUGGAGAGAAACAUUUCAAAUGUAUUGAAUGUGGUAAGGCUUUUUUCAGGCGUUCAUAUCUUUUGGUACAUGAGAGACAUCAUACUGGAGCAAAACCUUACAAAUGUAAUGAAUGUGGCAAGGUCUUCACUCAAAAUUCACACCUUACAAGUCAUCGAAGAAUUCAUACUGGAGAGAAACCUUACAAGUGCAAUGAGUGUGGCAAAGCCUUUAGUGUCCGUUCGAACCUAACUAACCAUCAGGUAAUCCAUACUGGAGAAAAACCUUACAAAUGUAAUGAAUGUGGCAAGGUGUUCAGUCAAACUUCAAGCCUUGCAAUUCAUCGGAGAACUCACACUGGAGAGAAACCUUAUAGGUGUAAUGAGUGUGGGAAAGUGUUCAGCUCACAUUCAAACCUAAAUACCCAUCAGAUAAUCCACACUGGAGAAAAACCAUAUAAAUGUUCAGAGUGUGGCAAGGUCUUUACUCAAAAUUCACACCUUGCAAAUCACUGGAGAAUCCAUACUGGAGAGAAGCCUUACAAGUGUAAUGAGUGUGGCAAAGCCUUCAGUGUAUACUCAAGCCUGACUACCCACCAGGCAAUCCAUACUGGGGAAAAACCCUACAAAUGUGAUGAGUGUGGCAAGGUCUUUAGUCAGAAUUCACACCUUGCAAGUCAUCGAGGAGUUCAUAGUGGAGAGAAACCUUACAAGUGUGAUGAAUGUGGCAAACUCUUUAGUCAAACUUCAAAUCUUGCAAGGCACUGGAGAGUUCAUACAGGAGAGAAACCUUACAAAUGUAAUGAGUGUGGCAAGGCCUUUAGUGUGCGCUCAAGCUUAACUUCCCAUCAAGUAAUCCAUACUGGAGAAAAACCUUACAAAUGUAAUGAAUGUGGUAAGGUGUUCAGUCAAACUUCCAGCCUUUCAAUUCAUCAGAGAAUUCACACUGGAGAGAAACCUUACAGGUGUAAUGAGUGUGGAAAAGCCUUUAAUUCACAUUCAAACCUAAAUACCCAUCAGGUAAUCCACACUGGAGAAAAACCCUAUAAAUGUUCAGAGUGUGGCAAGGUCUUCACUCAAAAUUCACACCUUGCAAAUCAUCGCAGAAUCCAUACUGGAGAGAAGCCUUACAAGUGUAAUGAGUGUGGCAAAGCCUUCAGUGUGUACUCAAGCCUGACUACCCACCAGGCAAUCCAUACUGGGGAAAAACCCUACAAAUGUGAUGAGUGUGGCAAGGUCUUCACUCAAAAUUCACACCUUGCAAGUCACCGGAGGACUCAUACUGGAGAAAAACCUUACAAGUGUGAUAAGUGUGGCAAAGCCUUUAGUGUGCGUUCAAGCCUAACCACCCAUCAAGCAAUCCAUACUGGUGAAAAACCUUACACAUGUAAUGAGUGUGGCAAGGUCUUUAGUCGAAGUUCCAACCUUGCAAGUCAUCGGAGACUUCAUACUGGACUGAAGCAUUAUAAGUGAGUAUAGCAAGGUCUUCAUUCACAAUUUUCUCCUUGCACAAUAUCCUAGAGUUCAUUCUUAAGAUUAUCUUUAUAAAUGCAUUGACUGUAGGAAAUCACUCAUCAAGAGUGCAAGCAUGCUUCUAGGUGUGGUGGUACAUGGCUAUAAUCCCAGAACUCAGGAGAAUUGCCCUCAGGCAAGAGGGCAGUGACUCUUAGGCCAGCCUGAGUUACAUAACAAGACCCCAAAACACACACAAGUUCAAUGAUUAGUAGACAUCAGAAAGUUCAUUCCAAAAGGAAAUCUUAUACUGUACACAGCAGAGGCUUUAAUCUAAUAUUGACAACUCACUAGACAUCAAAAUACACAUCUUUGAUGAAACCAUUCAAAUGGAACAUUGUUACUGAGGCUAUUCUAAUGACCACAACUAGAUGAAGAUUUAUAUAAGUGAUAACUUAGCCUCUAGUUCUUCGUGACUACCUUUUGAUACUACAUUCUUCCGAAUAAUUCCAGGACAAAAUGUUAAAACUUCAUGACACGAUAGAUACAAAAGUCA